AUGACGCUCAUCCUCAAUGGACCCGUCGCAGAGUCGACACAAGAAUCAUGGGCAUCCGUACCCAAGCGAAAACCAGUACCAGCCACCAUGGCUGCCAUGGAAGCUCCUCAAAUGAACAGUGAGCAGACAGGUCAAAUAAACCCAAAAUUCGAGUCAAGCCUGGCCAAAGCGCAGGUUUCCAGACCAUUCGCUGGUGGUAUCGCUGUCUGGUUCGCAUCGCAGCGACGAUCGCGCAAAUUUCUCAUCCUCGGUAUCGCAGUGGGGAUUCUACUCAUUGCACUGGUUGUUGGUCUCGCGGUGGGCUUGACGAGAGGCAAAAAGCAUUCCAAUCUUCCACUUCCCACCAAGGAUGGGGGUCCUUACUCGGGUGAUCUGACAUACUACAAUCCUGCCCUUGGGUCCUGUGGUUUUAUCAAUACGGACUCUGAUAUGAUCUGUGCGGUGUCGCAUCUGCUCUACGACGCGGCCUCGACAGGGCCGAACCCCAACACCAAUCCGCUGUGCGGAAUGAAGCUGAGACUGCGUCGAAAGGGGGAGAGUGUGGAUGUCAAAAUAGUCGACCGUUGUGUGGGUUGUGCAGCAACAGACUUGGAUGUCACGGAAGCUGUCUUCAAGAAGGUGGCCGAUAUCGAUCAGGGUCGAGUCGACGUGGAGUGGUCCUGGCUAGAGACUCCACCUGUAUCUGUUCCCUGA